AUGAUGCGAGCCGCUACUCCACCUAUACUCGCGCAGCUUCAAAGCUCGGAGUCUGUCUCCGGGCGAGUGGCUUGCCUUAGAGCUCUCAAGAAUGAGUUGAUCGGUCAUGACCAACGCAAGGAAGCCUUUGUGACCGGGGGAAUCUUUCCGAUACUAGCGCAGGUGCUUGCAUUGCGCCGGCCAGGGAAAGCCGCAGCUGCAGAUUCAAACCAAUCCUCACUGAGCCAGGCCACAUCUCACCAAGGCCCAGGCGAGACGCAGGCAGCUGAUGAGACAGCCUGUCUCCAGGCAAUUCUUAUCCUCGGAAGUCUGGCACAAGGCAGCCCAACCUUCCUGGAACCAAUAUUCGCCAGCGGCAUUCUACCCUCCCUCCUCACAAUUCUCUCUUCCCCCGAUUGCCCACCGACUUUCUCGCUUCCGAUUCUUCGCCUUUUGAACACAAUAGCAGACAGGUUGCCCUUGCAGAGUCAUGAACAAGGGUCUCGAGACACACGACUGGCAGAUCUUGUUUUAGCACCAGAGCCCAUUAGUGCCUUGAGACGGAUCGUCGCUCAAGAGUACACCACUACGCAUAGCCAGAUAUGUGUUGAACUAGCAACCUCCUUGGUUGCGAAGUUAUGCACUGAAGAGAGGCACAAGACGGCAUUGGCCGAAUGCGGGGUACUAGAUGCCCUGGCACUCAAGAUUGCUUCCUUCGUCGUGGCUCAGGGUUUCGUACUUCCCGGCGCCGAGGAUCAUCUGCAACAGCCUGGUGCCUUGGGGGAAAUCCCACAACCUGCCCCGAAGUCUGCACGGCUGGCACCUAUUCUUCGCGCCGUGACAGUGAUUAUCGAGCAGUCGAAGUGGAGGGCAGAGCAUUUCCUGUCUUCUCCAGGAAUUGUGACUGUCUUCCCGAGACAAAUUCCUGGCUUUGCUUCUGUUGAUAUCAAAAAGGGUCCCUGGGGUUCCACCUAUCUUUCGGGAUCCGCAGUGCCACGCCACCAUAGUGGUAACCUGGUAGACAGCCUGCUGCCAUCGGUCCCGCUUGCGCAUGUCAAAUCCUCUCCCAGUUCGGCCAACUUUCCACCCCUCGGCAACUCAGGCUCCCAGCGCCGUAGUAGCCACUCAUUUCCAGCCCCCUUUUCGCUAGCCGAAACUCCGAUUCCGGAAGAAGAUGAAAAUUCCAUUGUUCCAUGGUUGUUAUGUCUGGUUCGCAUGGAAGGCGGCAUGGCCCGACUCAUGGCCGCUCGGCUAGUGACGGUCCUUUUCCGCCUGGGACUGGCAAAGAAGCACCGCGUCCCUAUGUUCAGCUAUUUGUUGGUUCCAAUUCUGAUACGAAUGCUUGACAAGGACUUCCAAUUGCCCCAGGAGAAUGGAUCUAGCGAGGAUGGAUUGAUCACAGCAACUCAACGCUUGAAGGAGGAGGCCCCUGCUGUGCUCGCUAACCUAGUCAUGGACGACCAAGAGCUGCAAAGACAUGCUGUUGAAGGUGGUGCACUCAAGCGCCUAUCACAACUCCUUAAAGAGACAUACAACCCGGUCUCAGAAAGUUUACGUCCGAUGUGGUACUCGGAUGGCGACGGCCCAGCCCGUGAUCCCGAGUCAGUGCCAGAUGAUUGUCGACUUGGACCCCCAGGAUACUCUCCAACCUUGUGCCAUGUCAUGCGGUAUCGGGAGAACAUUCUCAAGGCACUGGCUGCCCUGGUGCCUUUCAAAGAUGAGUAUCGGAAAGCAGUCUGUGAAAACGGCGUGGUGCCCUACAUCAUUGACUCUCUCAAACCGCGACCAAGCGAUGCACCAGCUGAUGCUGCAUCAAUGCCCAAGAACACAGCUGCAGACGGCAACCCGAUCCCGACACUCUUGGCUGCUUGUGGCGCAGCUCGGAUGUUGACCAGAUCGGUCAGCGUUCUGAGGACCAGCCUCAUUGAUGCUGGAGUGGCGCAGCCGCUCUUUGUGCUGAUUCGACACCCUGACCCAGAAGUGCAGAUUGCGGCUACUGCGGCGAUUUGUAAUCUGGCGUUGGAUUUCAGCCCCAUGAAAGAGGCGAUAAUAUCUGCGGACAUUAUUCCCACUCUUUGUGAACAUGCUCACUCUUCCAAUAUCAAGUUGACAAUCGAAUCAUUAUGGGCGCUGAAGCACGUUGUUUACAACACACCGAACGACAUCAAAAUGACAGUCGUUGAGGCCCUCGGCCCCAAUUGGAUCCGCCAGGUUAUCACCCAAGAUAUCACCAUCAGGCGAGAGAUAGACGACGAGACAGAUCAAGGCUCAGGAAUUGCCAUGGGCCGAGCCAAUUCUGCCGGUGAACAGGUGGACAUUCUCAAUCCUAUGGAUGACCUUGGCGAAUCAGCCGAAGAUUCCAAGAUGACCGACACUAUGCCCUCCUCGAAGAUGAGCUUGGACAUGUUCCUACCAGAUGCCAGGCGCCGACGCAGACUCGUUCUCCACGGUAACCUGGAGCAGUCUAGUCAGUCUCGCCAAGACGACAUCGCUGUUCAAGAGCAGACCUUUGAUCUCUUGCGCAAUAUCAUCUGUGGUGGAGGCGCAAACGAGAUGAUCGACUAUCUUUUCAAGGUACUCGGACAAGACGAAUUGCUUAAUGCAUUGGCCAGCAAGCUCCGUCCGAGCACAAUUCACCUCCCACACCGCCGAGAAUCUCCUAACCGGGCUCUUCAGGUUCCGAAUGAGAUCCUAAUCUCAGCCAGCGCAAUGAUCAUCCACAUCGCCGCUGGCUUGCCAAGACAUCGAGCUGUUCUCAUGUCCCACGACGAACUGAUUCAAUCACUCACUCAUUAUUUCAACCAUUCCCACCGUGACGUGCGAGCCAAUUGCGUUUGGGUAGUGAUAAACCUGAUCUACGAAGAGGACCAAAGCGACCGCGAGGGAUGCCGGGCACGAGCCACGCGACUCAAGACUCUAGGUGUCACUGAUAUGCUGGAGGACCUUCGUGAAGAUUCGGAUCUUGAUAUCAAGGAACGCACUAAGACUGCAGUGCAUCUACUGAAUCAACUGUUGGCGCAAUAG